AUGAUCAACAAUAUUGGUGAGAAAAUAACUACGAUUAAAACAUUUCGUUUCGGUUCAGGUCAAAUUUUGACUCUUGAUGAUGAUAAGAUCGAAAAAAUUCCAUAUUUAGCUGCUAUGGUGUCUUCUGCGGAUCGUUUUGAAUCAGCACGAGACAACGAUGGUCAUUAUAAACUCAAUCCACGCAUUGAAUAUAAACAUUUUUCUUUCGCUCUCGAGUCACUUUCGUUUCAUUCAGUUCGACAACUAUUUACUCAUCUAUCUAAACAAAAUGAUGUUAUACCUAUAAUUGCUCUUCUCGAUUUUCUUGGUAUUGGGCCACGACCAGAUCCUACUUUGCACGAAGUCGAUUCUAUUUUCUUUUCAACUUUAGUAUAUAGCCCUAUGUUAGAAGAAUACUUACAAAUAAUUAAGCCAUCUGUUAUUCAAGACAUGGCUGUUCGUUUUGCAAUUGCAAUUGCGAAAGAAGAAUAUAAUUUUACUAAUGAUAAAGUGAUCGAUCAAAUAUAUUGGUUUAUUAUGUUUAUUUUAAGUGCUUACGAAUUAUUUGGACCACGUCUUCGUUAUCACGUAUAUAAAAUUGCCGAACAUUGUUUUUCUAUUUUCAAUUCAUUGCUACUAAAAUCUCUCAAAAAACUUAUAUAUAAAAUAGAGAAAGGUGCAAAAGAAAUUCUUUCAACAACAAAUGAAAACAACGUUGAUCCUGAUCAAGAUGAAAGAUGUUCUUUGCAGAGAAUUUUCGAUCGACCGUGCUCAGAUUGGCUUUUCUUCUAUUAUCCUACAUUACAACAACGACAGAAACUGAUUGUUCAUCGAACGUAUUCAAAUGAAGAUAGGUUUUGGUUUAGGAGACAAAUUGGACAGACGGAAAUUCUUGAACCAGUGUAUCGACGGGUACUAGAGAUUAUGUAUGAGCGUUUACAAAGUGAAUUAUGUCAAUGUGCAGUAAUUGAAUUACGCAGAAGAAAAAGUUUACAUAACAAUGUAGAAGAAAAUUUCAAUUUAGAAUUUAGUUUCGAUCUAUCGAACCACGAAAGUUUACCAAAAGAAAUAUGUGACUUAAUCAAAGAUGAAUUGAUACAGAAGGAAAUACGUGAACAUAUAUUAGAAGAAAUAUGUGUAUUAACACCGAAACUAGAAGAACGAUAUAGUGAAUUAGUGACAAAAAUACGAGAAUAUGAACAAAGUCACGAUAUAUUACAUGAAUUUAACUCGAGUUUCUUCCAUUUCUGUCUAUUUGGUUCUUUAUCUUUUGAAAUGCUACAAGAAGAAGCUUUAUGUUAUGACGUUAUACUUGACAAAUUGCGUCAAGGUUCAAGCAUAGAAGAAGAAAUACAUCAACGUAUUCUGGAUGCACUGCAUAAAGCCGCAUUACAACAGUUUCAACAUUGGAAGUGGACACAACAACAUAUACUUAAACUACAUUAUCAAUUAUCAUCAUGCCAGCCAACAGGAAAAUAUCCUUCUAUUAUAUUAAAUACUAUAAUAUAUCCAAGCUAUCAAAUUUCUAUACCUAAACCAUUACCAAAACUUCAAUGUAAAUAUUCGAUGCGUCAGUUAAAAAAUUUUCGGUCAUAA